AUCAAAAGCGCGACACGCGAUUUAUUUAUUUGCUUCAGUGUUAAUAACAUUACAAAAGCGUGACCCUCAGAGAUCAACUACGUAAAUGAUGACCACUGAAAUAUCGAACGUAUCGAACAGUCAGCUCGGACAUUUAGGGAGAAAUAUAAAACGCAUGCGUUUGUGUUCAUUAUCAUCCGACCGUUCCCAGCUAGUUAGUGUUGCGCGAAACAAAACAAUCGAAACAACUGAACUGAAAGCCUCAGUAAAAGGAAUACACUUUGAGCUGUAACUGCAAUCUAAAAUUAACUUUUAAUUACAUCAACCCAGUGUAAUCGUAUUUAAGACAAAAAGGAUGCGCAUCCAAUCUAACCUGCAACCAACUGUUUGUCUGCUUUGUUUACUGCUGGCUGUUGUGAUCAAAUCGUCUGCAGCCGUUCUAAACCCAGUCGUUUUAAUCCCAGGCGAUGGCGGCUCUCAAAUGGACGCGAGGCUCAAUAAAACCGAUACGGUGCAUUACAUCUGCCAGAAAAAAUCGGAUACAUUUAAUCUAUGGUUGAAUAUGGAACUGCUUGUUUAUGGUGUCAUUGAUUGUUUCAUUGAUAACAUCAAGCUAACUUAUGAUAAUGUAACAAGGAAGACCACAAAUAGCCCAGGCGUUGAUAUAUGGAUACCCAGAUUUGGUUCCUCAGAAACUGUGGAGUGGUUGGAUCCUAGUCAUGCCUCUGUUGGGUCUUACUUUAACAAAAUCGCUGAUAUGUUGGUGCUGAAUGGUCAUACCAGGAAUUUGACCAUUAGGGGAGCACCUUAUGACUUCAGAAAAGCACCAAAUGAAAACUAUGAGUAUUUUGUCCAAUUGAAGGCUUUGAUUGAAGAAACAUAUGCCCAAAACAAUAAUACACCUGUAAUUUUAAUAGCUCAUUCAAUGGGUGGUCCAAUGACAUUAUACUUCUUAAAUCUACAAACACAAGCAUGGAAGGACCAGCACAUUAAGUCUAUGGUCACACUUUCUGGUGCUUGGGGUGGUUCAGUCAAAGCAGUUAAAGUUUAUGCAAUUGGAGAUGACCUGGGAUCUUACUUUCUUUCUGGAAGUGUGCUUAAACAGGAACAAAUCACAAACCCAAGUUUAGCAUGGCUGCUUCCAUCCAGUUUGUUUUGGAAACCUGAUGAAGUCCUAGUGCAAACUGAUAAGAAGAACUAUUCAUUAUCCAAUAUCAAGGAAUACUUUUAUGACUUAGAUUAUAUGGAUGGAUGGGAUAUGCACAAAGACACAAAACCCUAUACCUUGAAUUUCACAGCACCUGGAGUUGAAGUACACUGUCUCUAUGGCACUGCAGUACCCACAGUUGAAAAAUUAUAUUAUAAACCUGGGACUUGGCUAGAUGGUAAACCUACUCUUAUCAAUGGCGAUGGUGAUGGUACAGUAAACGUAAGAUCUUUAGAAGGGUGUUUGCAUUGGAAAACCCUACAGAAGCAGAAAGUGUAUUCUUCACCAUUGCCUAAAGUAGAUCAUAUGACUAUUUUAGGGCACAAAGAUGUAUUGAGUUACAUACAGAAUCUCAUUCAAGGAUAUUCGUAUUUUGAUUCCGAUAAAUAAUUUUAAAAUAUGCGUAAUAAGGAAAAUGUAAGUGACAUCACAAUUAAUACUCAGAGUGUACAUAUGAAAAAUUAUAUAGAUAUAGUUUUGCUGAUUAACGAUCAAAGUAGAAAAAAUGUGAUAAAAUACAAAUAUGUUAAAGUAGCAACAUAGAUUUGAAAAAAACUAGUUUUCCAGAGGAGUUACGUUUACAUUUCUUCCUAUUUACGGCAACUUUUAAAUUUACUUAUAAUUUGGUGUUUUAACCAUUUUAAUUUUUGAUGUUUGCUCAAUUAUUACUUUAAUAAAAUUUUGGAAAAGCAA